AUCUACGAAAUCCAGAGUGGAGUGAAGAAGUAUGGAAGAUUCCAAGCAAUCGACCCGCAAGAGUAACAAGAAGGAGAUCAUAGAGAUUUUCGAGGAUCCUGUCCAUGGCCCAAUGGAAUUCAAAUGCAGCCUGCUGCUGAAGAUCAUUGACACGCCACAGUUCCAAAGACUCCGCGACAUCAAACAGCUUGGGUGCAGCUUUUCCGUCUUCCCUGGAGCAACCCACACCAGAUUAGCCCACUCAUUAGGGGUGUGCUAUCUCGCCGGUGAGUUUCUUCGUUUACUACAGAAGAGUCAACCUGAACUCGGGAUAAAGGACAAAGACAUUCUCUGCGUGCAGAUUGCUGGCUUGUGCCAUGACUUAGGUCGCGGGCCCUUCUCUCAUGUCUUCGAGAAUGAUAUACUUCCCAAACUCGGAAUCAAGAACAAGAAAGGGGACUCUCUGAAGCAUAUUGACCUGACCUUAAUGAUGUUCGAUCAUCUGAUUGAGGAGAAUGAUCUGAUGGACACAUUUCAGCAGCAUGAUAUCAAAGACAAUGACAUUCAGACCAUCAAAGACAUUAUGGAAGGAAACAUUGAUGGAUGUAAAGACGCAAGAAAGCGCUUCCUCUUCGAGAUCGUGGUCAACAAGCGAAACGGAAUCGACAUCGGAAGAUGGGACGCCAUUGCUCGUGAUUGCCACCAUCUGGGCAUCGCCAACAACUUCGACCACCGGAGGUGCAUGAAGUUGGCUCGGGUGAUCCUCGUACCAGAACGGAAAGUCGAGGACGACAAAGGAGGGCGGGUGACCAUUCCGGAGGAACUCCAGUUGUGUUUCAGGAAUAAGGAAGCGGACAACUUGUACGAAAUGUUCCGUGGACAGUACAUGGUACAAAGGAAAGCUGUCAAACAUAAAGUCACCAGUGUCAUGGAGCACAUGAUCAUGCAAGCCCUGGUAAAGGCCGAUAAGCAUGUGAAGAUAUUUCCUGCUAAAGACAAAGAUGGGACCAUGCUGACCAUGAGUGAGGCCCUGGAACAACAGGACAUGCAUGCAUUCACAUUCAUGACAGACAGCGUGAUAGACCAGGUCCUGUCCUCGAGUGAGGUCGACCUAGAUGUGCACGUAGCCAAGGAGAUACUGAAGAGGGUCCGGGCGAGGGAUGUCUACACGAAUGUCGGUGAGGUCCUCAUUCCACCAGGAGCAAGACUAAGGAGUCAAGAUGAAAUCGCUGAAAAGAUUUCGAAAGCGGAGAUGGGGCUUCCCGCCGAGGACGUUGCAGCUCGAGUGGUGGUGCUCAACUACGGACAGAAAGAGAAGAACCCGAUGGACUCUGUAUGGUUCUACUCCAAACAUCGCCCAGAUGAUGCCUUGGUUCUGGCAGAAGAUGAGGUUUCUGGGAUCAUUCCGAAGAAAUUUCAGGAGCGUUACGUACGUCUCUACUGCAGGAAACCCGAACAAGCGCCCAAGGCGACGGAACGAUUCAAAGAUUGGUGUAAGAAGAAAAACUUCCCCAAAAUUAGGGAAGCCUUGGAUAAGGUCCAGUCCUACUUGGGAAUAUGAUCACGUUGGAAAGGAACCGUAGAACUGUACUACAGGAAAUUAUAACUACAAUAUUUUUCUCCUGUCAUAGGCCCAUUCCAAUUAUAUAAUCGGAAACAUGCAUGUAUACCAAUUUCGGCUUUAAAAUAUUAUUGUCAAUUGAUCUUUAUUCUAAAAAAAUGAGGAAUGAUUAUAUCAAACUGUAAACAUUUAAUUUGUCAAAAAUCACGUGAUAGGAAGUUGAAAAGGGUAUUGCCUAUCAUUCAUUCAUUCAUUCAUUGACCAUUUUCUUUUCUCAUACGUUAUCAAUAUAAUCUUUCAUUAAACAAUCACGAUAAAUUUUAGUCAAAUUUCAGAUGAUUACCCGUUGAAUAUUUUCAUGGACGAGGGGGGGGGGGGGCAAUAUUAAACUAUUCUUAAUCAGUUACGUGUCAUUUUACUUCUGAUAGGCCUAUCACAAGUAAAGGCUCUGUAAUACAAAUGUUUGCAAUCAAUCACUAAUCAAUCAAAAUCGAUAGUGCAUGCCCAUUUCUAAUCCA